AUGAGAAUUAGAGAUCUCUGCUUUAUGUAUUAGAUUAAUAAUAAAUAAUAAGUUUAUGUGAAUCAUUUGUAGGAGGAUAGAUGUUAGAAUUGAUUUCAAAGAAUGGAAGAGAAGAAGAUAUCAUCAGUUUUGAAUUAUGGGUUGAAUAAAUGUAAUCAUAUACAACUACUUGGUCUAUUACACCCAAAGCAUUUGAUAUUCUAGUAAAAGAAAAUAUAAUCAAAUCCAAAUUAUGA